AUGGCUGGCCUGGAUACUACUACCGCUGCUGCAGUUCCGGUGGUCAUUGCGGCCCAAAGAACAACAUCGAGAGCCAAGAUCUCUACUGCGGCGCCGACACCUGCCAGGUUGGAUUCGGCGACUGCGCGACCAACCGUACGGCACCGCCUCUGCCUUCCGGUCCUCCAACAACGGCGGCAAUGGGCCAGACGUGCGGACCGAUUGUGA